CCUUUUUAACUUUGAACCUCUCCCUUUUGAUCUUCAACAAUAUUAAAUCCUGGUCACAUCUUGACUCGGCUAGAGUUUGUGUUUUGGUAUUCAUAUUAACUUUUGAGGUUUUUCGUUUUCUAUUCUCGAUAUUUGUGCUACGUUUGUCUACCAUUUGUCUGAAAUGUCGAAACUGGAAAGUGUUCAUCAACCAAGUGACCUUCCCAACAGAAAAAAGCCUGUUAGACUACAUGGACCUCCUUCACCUAAGUUAACUCUGGGCGAAGAAGCAAAACUUGUUUUUCAAGAUAUUUCAACCAUACCAACCAAGACCCCUGUGUCUGUUCUGCAAGAAUUACUCUGCAGGCGUGGUAAAACUCCAAAAUAUGAGCUCGUUCAAAUUGAGGGUGCUAUUCAUGAACCAAUAUUUCGUUACCGCGUGUUUCUCAACUCUGACUAUAUGGCAACAGGAACUGGAAGAUCUAAGAAAGAUGCCAAGCAUGCGGCAGCACAGAAACUCCUUGAAUUAUUGGUUGGAAAACUUACUUUAGAACAAGCAAAUGCCACCAAUGGAUCUCCUAUUAAAGCAGAAAUACCUGCACAAGCGGUUUCGCCCUUCGAUGAUAAAGUCAUGGGUAAUCCCAUUGGUUGGCUUCAAGAGAUGUGCAUGUCCAAGAGAUGGCCCCCACCGUAUUAUGAGAUGGAACAUGAAGAAGGUUUACCCCAUGAGCGGCAAUUCACUAUUGCCUGCCAAGUGUUGAAUUUUAGAGAAAUCGGAACUGGAAAAUCUAAAAAGUUAGCCAAGAGAAUGGCGGCACACAAGAUGUGGCAGGCUCUACAAGAUAUGAACCAGGAUGGAUGCAAUUCUUCUUUAGAUGAGGAGAAUGCAAACGCAACCAGUCCAAUACAGGAACAUUUCAGUGGAAUAAAAGAGAUCAAAAUGAAGCAUCUGACUCCUCUACAUACAAGCAAAGUGGCUACCUUUCAUAAGAACCUGAGACAGAAUGCUGGACCCAAAUUGGAUCAAUUACAGGUGACUCCCCUCAACGGGGAAGACUUUGAUUACAUACAAUACCUUGCAGAGAUUUCCAAUGAAAAUGUCUUCGAUGUAACAUAUAUGGACAUCGAAGAAAAAUCUUUCUCCGGAAAAUUUCAAUGUCUGGCCCAACUGUCGACCCUGCCAGUGGCAGUUUGUUACGGUUGGGGCGACACAAUCAUGCAAUCCCACAUAAUGGCGGCCAAAAACGCUCUAGAGUAUCUCAAGAUCCUAACCAGAAAGUGAACGGCAAGCGACAGUUUCCCCCUCUUCCAUAAAAUGGUCAUCUUUUCAUUGUUCUUCAGAAAAAAAAAUAGAAAAGACGCCGUUCAAUCUUCGAUUCAACUGUGGUUAUUGGAACGACGUCGUAUUAUUGGACGCAUGGUCGGACUAUUGGUCCGGCUUUUACCGAAUCGUUCACAUUUUUAAAUUUCCCCAUUUAGAUCGUAAGCAGUAACAUUUUAAUCGCUUUUAUAAUUUUAUCGAAUUUUCACUAUUUGUAGAAUUACUACAUGCAAUUUUUAACUAUAUAUAUUUCGUACUCGAAAGGUAGAGCAACCACUCUGUUUUUCACGGAUUUUUUAUUAUUGUUUUACGCACGUUUCGACAACGAAGGUGUCCAUAUCCAGAAAUUGUUGAUUGAAUUACUGAAACAUGCCAAAUCGUUAGGAUGCUAUACCUACCAGUAGUUCUAACGCACCCUUCUGUUUUAUCAACCCGUCCUUGACCCGUUAAGUGAGGAAAUUAAAAUAUAUGUUAUUAAUAGGGAUUAAGACUUUAUCAAGCUAAUUUUCUAUCUUUUCAUAUAUUCCGAUAGUUCCCAUUGUAUUUAAAAUCAUUUUUCUAGUGAUUUAUAAAAGAUUUAAUGACUUUAAUGAAGCAUGCCCAGUCUUUAAAUCUUUACUGGGAUUUUGGAAAUUUAUUACCUAAAUAAUGUUUAUUUUCAGUUGCUGUUCCGAAAAAUUAUUUUAUUUUGCUUCUCUCGAAUAUAUUUUGAAUAACUUCUAACUUUUUGUUCUGAAAACUUUAUAUUGACGUUCUUCAAAAUAUUUCGAAGUUUUUUGAAAUAUAUUUACAAUAGUAUACAAAAAAUUGGCUCCUAAAUCACCUCUAGUGUUUAUAGGUCAUAUAAGGGCAGGUUAAAGCUGCAGCCGAUAGUAGGAUACAUCAAAAUUACUGGUAGCUAAAGCACUUUAACCAUUUUGCGUGUUUUUGCAAUUUAAUUAGUAUCUUGUAGUUUCUUACGUUGACAACUUUGUUGUCCAAACGUGAAUAUUCCGUGAGCAAGUGUAUGGUUUCUUUAGCUUUCACGAAUUGUAAAAAGAGGAUUUAAUUUAUACAUUUAUAAUAGAAGUUUUAUGUUUAUUAUAUUUAUAUGCCUCGUUUUGAAGGACUAAUCUGUUUUUAUAAUUUUAUGGGGAUAUUUAACAAUAGGAUUGAUUCGGUUGGCAUCGUCUGUAAUUGAUGCAACGAUUGCACUAUAUUUACAAGCUAUACUUUGCAUAGAAUUAGUGGUUUUUUUCGAAAAAUUUAUUUUUAAUGCAAUUGAUUUACGAAUAAGCACUUGUAUAAUCUUGGUGGACUUACUCGAUAAAAAAUCGGAUAAAUAUAUGAGUGUUUGUUGAUAAGUAGAUAGCUUAGCGUUUGUUUAGGCACUUGUCUUGGUAAUAAAGACAUACCUACUCUACAACUUUACCUCUAAGUGCCAUUGACAUAAAUGAAUACUUAUGUAAAGGGAGCAUUUAUUUAAUGCAAAGUAUAGAGGUUGUACCCAAUUAAAUUUUUUAGAAUUAACAUAUAUGUCAAUAGUAAUAUUUUUGGUCUAGUAAGGUGUAAACUAAUCAUUAACUUUUCCAUACUUCAUUCAGAUCUUGCAUGAUGAGAUUCUUAAGUUUUGGUAUUGAUGUGUAUGCUAAUUAAAAUCAUUUCAAAAG